AUGAAGGGCGAGAUUCUUCACCUUCAUCUCGGUCAGGCCGGUACCCAGCUGGGUAACUCUGCUUGGGAGCUUUACCUCCUCGAGCACGGCCUCGGCUCCGAUGGUCGUCCCGACCCCAAUGCCAAGGAUGUCGUUGAUGGCGGUUCUUACGAGACGUUCUUUACCGAGACUAGCAAUGGCAAAUACGUUCCUCGUUCCCUCUUCGUCGACCUCGACCCCUCUCCCAUCGACGAGAUCCGAACUGGCGGCUACCGCCAGCUUUUCCACCCCGAGCUGUUGAUCAGCGGCAAGGAGGAUGCCGCCAACAACUACGCCCGUGGCCACUACACCAUUGGCAAGGAGAUGGUUGACAAUGUCAUUGACCGCGUCCGCCGCGUCGCUGACAACUGUCACUCCCUCCAGGGAUUCCUGAUCUUCCACUCCUUCGGUGGCGGUACCGGCUCCGGCUUUGGUGCCCUCCUGCUCGAGCGUCUCUCCACCGAGUACGGCAAGAAGUCGAAGCUCGAGUUCGCUGUCUACCCCGCCCCGCGCGUCUCGACCGCCGUUGUUGAGCCCUACAACGCUGUCCUGUCCACCCACAGCACCAUCGAGAACUCGGACUGCACCUUCCUCGUCGACAACGAGGCUGUCUACGACAUCUGCCGUCGCAACCUUGACAUCCCCCGUCCUGGCUACGAACACCUGAACCGCCUGAUCGCCCAGGUCGUCAGCUCCAUCACCUCGUCCCUCCGCUUCGACGGUGCCCUCAACGUCGAUCUGAACGAGUUCCAAACCAACUUGGUUCCCUACCCCCGUAUCCACUACCCCCUCAUCAGCUACGCUCCUGUCAUCUCGGCCAACAAGAGCUCUCACGAGAGCUUCAAGGUUCAGGAGCUUACCUUCCAAUGCUUCGAGCCCAACAACCAGAUGGUCGUCUGCGAUCCCCGCAACGGCAAGUACAUGGCCGUCGCCCUUCUCUACCGUGGAGAUGUUGUCCCCCGCGACUGCAACGCUGCCAUCGCCGCCCUCAAGGCCAAGUCUUCCUUCAACCUCGUCGAGUGGUGCCCCACUGGUUUCAAGCUCGGCAUCAACUACCAGAAGCCCAUGGCUGUGCCUGCCGCCGCCGGCGAUGGUGGUCUUGCCUCCGUCGACCGCUCUGUCUCCAUGCUGUCCAAUACCACCGCCAUCGCCGAGGCCUGGUCGAGACUGGACCACAAGUUCGAUCUCAUGUACAGCAAGCGCGCCUUCGUUCACUGGUAUGUUGGUGAGGGUAUGGAGGAGGGUGAGUUCAGCGAGGCCCGUGAGGAUCUUGCUGCGCUCGAGAAGGAUUACGAGGAGGUUGCUGCCGACUCCUUCGAGGCCGAUGAGGACGACGCCGAGUACUAA